UUAAUUUUGGCACGUGUGACCGGUAACCACCCGAUUUAGUCGAACUCGCACGCUUGCAAAGCCUCUUCCUCCGUUCUCGUCGUCUCUUCAUCCUCAAACCGCACUCUCCUCCGUUCUCUCUCACUCUUUCAGGAGCUUGUAAUCUGAACACAAAGAUGGAGCUUAAUAGCAUCAAAGAUGCCUUUGACCGUGUGGCUAAGAAGCAAAAGUUAUGUUCUUCCAAGUCUCAAGAAACUGUUGACCAGGUAGGGAAUGAAAUUGAGCAGGCAUUGGCAACACUUCAGUCACCUCAGGAUCCUUCAAUUCCAGCUGACCAGAAAUCCGUUCUUACAGAACUUAAGUCAAAGCUCAAUGCUAUUGGGUCACUUCAACAGUUAGAAGGACCGCAUAAGGAAUUGAACUCAAGUCUUGCCAAGUAUCAAAAACUUCUUGAAAAAUCGUUAAACACUGACAUCUCAAAGGCAUACCGAAACGUGGACUUUGAUACUCAUAUCAUCAAUCAGAUCAUUGCAAGCCACUUUUACCGUCAAGGUUUAUUUGAGAUUGGAGAUAACAUCAUAAACGAGGCUGGGGAGCCUAAUGUGACUGCACUUAGAUCUCAAUUUUUGGAAAUGCACCAGGUUAUUGAAGCCAUGAGGGGUAGAAACCUUCAGCCUGCUCUCACAUGGGUCUCUGCCAAUAGUGAAAAACUUGCCCAGAUUGGUUCCAAUCUUGAACUUAAGGUUCACACACUGCAGUAUGUAGAGCUUGUCCAAAACGGAACCCAAGCUGAUGCCCUAAAAUAUUCCCGAACUUAUCUUGCUCGUUUUGCUGAGACCCACAAGGAUGACUUCCAAAAGCUCAUGGGUUGCCUCAUUUAUAUAAAAAGGCUUCAGAACUCCCCUUAUUCUGAACUGCUGUCCCCAAUUCAUUGGGAGACGACAACUGAAGAGCUCGCACGACAGUUCUGCUCUCAUAUGGGGCUGUCCUAUGAGAACCCUCUGAGUAUGGUAUUUGCAGCUGGAGUUGAAGGGUUACCCACACUGUUAAAGCUGGCAAAUGUAAUGGCUGCAAAGAAGCAAGAAUGGCUGGAAAUGAAACAGUUGCCAGUACCUGUAGAAUUAGGUAAAGAAUUUCAGUUCCAUUCGAUUUUCGUUUGCCCCGUGAGUAGAGAUCAAGGCAGCGAAGAGAAUCCUCCAAUGCUCCUGCCAUGUUUACACGUCCUUUGCAAGCAAUCAAUUAUGAAGUUAUCAAAAAACAGCACCCGCACAUUCAAGUGUCCGUAUUGUCCAUCCGAAACUACAGUUUCAAACUGCAGACAAGUGUAUUUCUGACAAUACAAUGUCUGCACACUUCUCUCAUAUUUAUUACAUUCGCAAAGUACAACACCUAUAACUUUCUGGUUGUAUAUAUAGAUAUUCUAAAUUAUCUUUUGCAUUCGACAAGACCAAUGCGUGAAUAAAAAUCGAAAGAACUUGUUGAUAA